AUGCAAAAUGACUUUCUAAAACAUCUUUAUAGCCAUUUCUGUCACUUUGAUUAUGCAGGUUAUGUGAGCGAAUGUGAGAAGAGCACCGCAGUGAACUACUUUUGGUAUUGGAAAACACUGAACAUAACACCCAAUAUUGAGACCAGCGGGUCCUUGCAAUUGUGGCUGGUGAUGUGCCUGGCCACAGAUUGGUGGCUGGUGAUGUGCCUGGCCACAGAUUGGUGGCUGGUGAUGUGCCUGGCCACAGAUUGGUGGCUGGUGAUGUGCCUGGCCACCGAUUGGUGGCUGGUGAUGUGCCUGGCCACAGAUUGGUGGCUGGUGAUGUGCCUGGCCACAGAUUGGUGGCUGGUGAUGUGCCUGGCCACAGAUUGGUGUAUCGUCUAUGUCUGCUUUAUUUGUGGCAUUGAGACCACUGGAAAGGUUUGUUAUCAUCUCUGACAUUUCCUAGAAACUAGUGCUGGGCGCUGUCGUAGUAAAUAUAAUUUGUUAUAGAUUGGUCUGACUAAAAUGUUCUGGAAGACCCAGUUGGAGCCUGUUUUCAAUAAAUGCUGUGCCAGGUCAAAGAGCAAAAGGUCAGAGAACAAAAGGACAGAGAAAACCUUAUCUUAUCACCAAAUGGCCUAGGAAUGUGAUAAUAGACAACACCCCCACCUCCGGCCAUAAACAACAGAUACUCCUCAGGAGUUCCCUGGACACACACAGACAUCUCAAUGUGGACGCACACUCAUUCUCAACCCCCCCCUCUACUGGUCGGGUGCCAAGGGCAGAGGACUCUGCCGUGCACCAAUGGGGCUUCUACUCUGGACAGAGCAGACCCGCCUCCUACGCCUCGGGAACCAAUCAGGGACUAGAAGAAGGACCCCUUCCUUUGUGUUACAUUGUAUAAAGUAUGCUGUAAACUCUGUUUAAUCUUUUUUUUCAACUGUCUCCAUAAGAGGCAAUUGAUUGGGUCCAUGCAUAGGGCCCAUGCAUGUAGCUUGAGCAGUACCAGCUAUCUCUGUUUUAAUAAACUGCUUUUUGCUUAAAGCAAAUUCCUCUCUGUCUAGCGUCGUUGGUUUUGUACUUCCUCUCCAAAAACGUGUUCACCAACAGCGCCAAUAUCAAUAAUUCAAUAUUAUAUCAAGAUUGUUUGAUAUCGAUAUGGUUUAUUCUUUCUGUUAACCUACACUAUUAUGUAAACAAAAGAAAUAGCAUACAUGACUGUUCCUGCAUGCACAAAAACUUCUCACAGAUCUUCUCACAGGAUGUAAAUUAACAUGCUUCAUUGGCUGCUGAUGGCCCAUUAACAUUUUACAUUUACAUUUUAGUCAUUUAGCAGACGCUCUUAACCAGAGCGACUUACAGGAGCAAUUAGGGUUAAGUGCCUUGCUCAAGGGCACAUUAACGUCAUUUAGCAGACGCUCUUAGCCAGAGCGACUCACAAAUUGGUGCGUUCACCCUAUAGCCAGUGGGAUAACCACUUUACAAUUUGGGGGGGGUUAGAAGGAAUACUUUAUCCUAUCCCAGGUAUUCCUUAAAGAGGUGGGGUUUCAAAUGUCUCCGGAAGGUGGUGAGUGACUCCGCUGUCCUGGCGUCGUGAGGGAGCUUGUUCCACCAUUGGGGUGCCAGAGCAGCGAACAGUUUUGACUGGGCUGAGCGGGAGCUGUGCUUCCGCAGAGGAAGGGGAGCCAGCAGGCCAGAGGUGGAUGAACGCAAUGUCCUCGUUUGGGUGUAGGGACUGAUCAGAGCCUGAAGGUACAGAGGUGCCGUUCCCCUCACUGCUCCAUAGGCAAGCACCAUGGUCUUGUAGCGGAUGCGAGCUUCAACUGGAAGCCAGUGGAGUGUGCGGAGGAGGGGGGUGACGUGAGAGAACUUGGGAAGGUUGAACACCAGACGGGCUGCGGCAUUCUGGAUGAGUUGUAGGGGUUUAAUGGCACAGGCAAGGAGCCCAGCCAACAGCGAGUUGCAGUAGUCCAGACGGGAGAUGACAAGUGCCUGGACCAGGACCUGCGCCGCUUCCUGUGUAAGGCAGGGUCGCACUCUCCGAAUGUUGUAGAGCAUGAACCUGCAGGAGCGGGUCACCGCCUUGAUGUUGGCGGAGAACGACAGGGUGUUGUCCAGGGUCACGCCUAGGCUCUUCGCACUCUGGGAGGAGGACACAGCGGAGUUGUCAACCGUGAUGGCGAGAUCAUGGAACGGGCAGUCCUUCCCCGGGAGGAAGAGCAGCUCCGUCUUGCCAGGGUUCAGCUUGAGGUGGUGAUCCGUCAUCCAUACUGAUAUGUCUGCCAGACAUGCAGAGAUGCGAUUCGCCACCUGGUUAUCAGAAGGGGGAAAGGAGAAGAUUAGUUGUGUAUCGUCAGCGUAGCAAUGAUAGGAGAGACCAUGUGAGGAUAUGACAAAGCCAAGUGACUUGGUGUAUAGGGAGAAAAGGAGAGGGCCCAGAACCGAUCCCUGGGGGACACCAGUGGUGAGAGCACGUGGUGCGGAGACAGCUUCCCGCCACGCCACUUGGUAGGAGCGACCGGUCAGGUAGGACGCAAUCCAGGAGUGAGCCGCGCCGGAGAUGCCCAUCUCGGAGAGGGUGGAGAGGAGGAUCUGAUGGUUCACAGUAUCAAAGGCAGCAGACAGGUCUAGAAGGACAAGAGCAGAGGAGAGAGAGUUAGCUUUAGCAGUGCGGAGAGUCUCCGUGACACAGAGAAGAGCAGUCUCAGUUGAAUGACCAGUCCUGAAACCUGAUUGGUUUGGAUCAAGAAGGUCAUUCUGAGAGAGAUAGCAAGAGAGUUGGCUAAAGACGGCACGCUCAAUAGUUUUGGAAAGAAAAGAAAGAAGGGAUACUGGUCUGUAGUUGUUGACAUCAGUGGGGUCGAGUGUUGGUUUUUUGAGAAGGGGAGCAACUCUCGCUCUCUUGAAGACGGAAGGGACAUGGCCAGCGGUCAAGGAUGAGUUGAUCAGCGAGGUGAGGUAGGGGAGAAGGUCACCGGAGAUGGUCUGGAGAAGGGAGGAGGGGAUCAUUAACUUCUGAUGGGCUUCCAUGUGUAUUCAAACUGGUUGUCUAGGGGUAGGUUCCUAGAGCAUUCACAGCUGGUUGUCUAGGGGUAGGUUCCUAGAGCAUGCCCAACGGGCAGUCAGCAAGCAGCUGGCCCAACGGGCAGUCAGCAAGCAGCUGGCCCAAUGGGCAGUCAGCAAGCAGUUGUCUGGACUUCACAAAGCCUUGGAAGUGAACAGAAAAAUCUACAUUCACACAGUUGCAAUGUUUUUUUUACUGCUAGAAACCAUCUUUUUUGUACAGAUGUCUCCCCCUCAAUAAUAACUAAAAGGAAAGUUAUAGAACAACAUUUCCGGAACAUAAUGAAUGUUACCGCUGUAUAUGUUGACAUAAAUCAACCAGUUAUACUCUUCAUCACCAAUAAUGUGAAUGUAUACUUUUCUAAAUGCUACCAAGAAAGGUUGGGACUUUGUAUCUGUUUGCUGUGUUUUUUUGUAAAGGCAGUGUAUGUGACAGCCACAUUCCCAUACCUUGUGCUAACCAUCUUUCUGCCAGGAGCAAUUGAUGGCCUGGUAUAUCUGUUCACUUCAAAUGUGAGAGAAACUUUACACAGCAUCCUUAUGAACACGUUGUGUAGUUCUGAUGGCUGAUAUUUGGAGGAAACAUGUUUUAUUUAUUAGGCCUACCACCUCCAGGGAGGUAGAGAGGAACGGUCCUCCUCAACAUUCGGAGAAAACAAUUCAAAAUAAAACAUCCUCAUUGUAAAGCCACUGUCCUGCAGUAUAUCAGUUAUUUCCGGUAACUAUUUUGAAUCUCAUCUCUUGGCAGUGGGAAACACUGAAUAAUCCUAAGGUGUGGUUGGAUGCUGCCACUCAAAUCUUCUUCUCCCUGUCACUGGCCUUUGGAGGCCUCAUUGCGUUCUCCAGUUACUAUCCUCAGAAGUAAGAGCACCUACAUUCAUCACACAUGACAGUGGCUGUCCUACAAUAUGUAAACAACAACGGAAAACAAUUGAAAAUAUCGCUCAAUUGUUUGUGACUAAAACAUUUGUAAUGUUUUCUUCCUUCAGGAAUAAUUGUGAACGUGAAGCUGUUGUAGUGGGAUGUGUCCUGAUACCCUGAUGAAGACAGCUUGUCUGUCGAAUCGUUGUUUAUCAGGUUAUUCAAUUAUUGCAUCUGAGCUCCUUGAGUGUGAGGCUCUCCUUUUCUUUAUCAAGUGUUCUACUCCGUUAGCCAGCACCUCUCCUAAACAGGUGUUCUACUCCGUUAGCCAGCACCUCUCCUAAACAGGUGUUCUACUCUGUUAGCCAGCACCUCUCUUAAACAGGUGUUCUACUCUGUUAGCCAGCACCUCUCCUAAACAGGUGUUCUACUCUGUUAGCCAGCACCUCUCUUAAACAGGUGUUCUACUCCGUUAGCCAGCACCUCUCCUAAACAGGUGUUCUACUCUGUUAGCCAGCACCUCUCCUAAACAGGUGUUCUACUCCGUUAGCCAGCACCUCUCCUAAAGAGGUGUACUACUCCGUUAGCCAGCACCUCUCCUAAACAGGUGUUCUACUCCGUUAGCCAGCACCUCUCCUAAACAGGUGUUCUACUCCGUUAGCCAGCACCUCUCCUAAACAGGUGUUCUACUCUGUUAGCCAGCAACUCUCCUAAACAGGUGUUCUACUCUGUUAGCCAGCACCUCUCUUAAACAGGUGUUCUACUCCGUUAGCCAGCACCUCUCCUAAACAGGUGUUCUACUCCGUUAGCCAGCACCUCUCCUAAACAGGUGUACUACUCCGUUAGCCAGCACCUCUCCUAAACAGGUGUUCUACUCCGUUAGCCAGCACCUCUCCUAAACAGGUGUUCUACUCCGUUAGCCAGCACCUCUCCUAAACAGGUGUUCUACUCUGUUAGCCAGCACCUCUCCUAAACAGGUGUUCUACUCUGUUAGCCAGCACCUCUCUUAAACAGGUGUUCUACUCCGUUAGCCAGCACCUCUCCUAAACAGGUGUUCUACUCUGUUAGCCAGCACCUCGCCUAAACAGGUGUUCUACGCUGCUACCCAGCACCUCGCCUAAACAGGUGUUCUACUCUGUUAGCCAGCACCUCUCCUAAACAGGUGUUUUACUCCGCUAGCCAGCACCUCUCCUAAACAGGUGUUCUACUCCGUUAGCCAGCACCUCUCCUAAACAGGUGGUGGAUGGAUGAUGGUGGAUGGAUGACUCUUUAUAUAGACAAACACUGGAUGGAGAUUAUUUAGCAGAUUUAAUGAUGAACUGACUACAUUUACAGUCAUACAUCAGUUCAACUAAUUUCUGUUCUCCUCCAACAAUGAAAUUACAUCUGUCCAAUCAGAAUAGCGCAAAGUAGUUGCUAGGUAGAUAUUAGCAUUCCACACACGCUUUCACAGACUUGAAACAAUUUCUACACAAUGUUCUCAGCCUAGCAAAGGCUGAUGAAGAGAAUUUAGAGUUGUGAUGCUACACUCUUUCCGUGAAAAUAGAUGAUUCUUCUCGUCUAAAAACAUGCAUUUUUCUGGCUACUCUAACUGGGCUGUAGACAUACCAUUCAAGCUCCUACAGACUCCAAAACAUUCUACCCAAUGAUCCCAGCUAUUCUAAUAUCUGGUGGCCUAGCUGGUAGUGGUCUGGCUGGUCAUGGCCUGGCUGGUCUAGCGGUAAUGCCGGUGUUGCCAUAGGUUCAAAUCUGGUCUAAACUGCCCUUUGACACAAACUCUCUCUAGCUUUCCCCACUGUCAUCCUGUCUCUCUCUCUAUCUGUUUAAUAAAGUCAGAAAAUACUUUAAAUAUACAUUUUUUAAAAAACUGUCAUGGAUAAUAAUGCAUUUGUCUGUUUGUUUUCUUAGGGUUGAUGUGCCUCACCUCCUUCACUGUCGCGCUGAUCUUUACCAUGGGCUCAGGAAACUACUGGCUGGAGAUCUUCAACAGCUAUGCAGGAUCCCUGCCUCUACUCAUCAUAGCCUCUUUGAGAUAAUCGCUGUGGUUUACAUCUAUGGGAUAAACAACUUAGUACUACUUCAUUUGUUAUUUUUUCCAUCUAUAAAUUAUCUCACUUGUGAACAAGCUCAAUCUCAAGUGCAAAGAUAACAAAAUAGUACUCAACCUUUGUUUUUUCUUUCUGAAACUCAUCUGAGAAUGUUUCUAUGUUCUCAGGCUCAGUGAUGACAUAGAGCGGAUGACGGGGCGAAGGCCUAACAUUUUCUGGCAGGCCAAGUGGAGAGUGAUCAGCCCUCUGAUGCUGCUGGUGGUCUUCCUGGCUUAUGUGAUAGUCUAGGCUGAAACUCAACCCACUUAGACUGCAUGGAACCCUGACUAUGUAAGAGACAGAUUUUGUUGCAUGUUGAUUCAUGUUGCAAUGUUGCAUCACUUCAGGCUGAAGUAGGACAAGAUACAGAUAUGAAUAAAUUAUUAUAUUACUUAUUGUUUAAUCCAGUCAUUUUACAUCCAGUAAAUUGAUGCAAACAAUAUAUAGUUUUAGAUUAACUGGGUAAAACACAUCCUCUCCUUUCCAUAGGUCCACUUCCCCAUGGCUGAGGUGCAGCCCUAUCCCCGCUGGGUGUUUGCUAUCUGUGUGGCGCUGUCUGCUCUACCCUGUUUCUCCAUCCCUCUAGUGGCCCUCUACAGAUCCACCCUCUUCCUGAAGAAACGGAUCAUGGACAGAGGCAAUCACAACCCCCUUUGA